AUGGAGAAUAUGAGAGAGACUCAAGAAGUGGUGAAAGCUGAUGUCGAGCAAUUGAAAGAACAAAUCAGUCAGAUCCUGGAGGCCUUAAGAGCAUUACUAAACAGUGAGGAAACUUCAGCUCCACCACAUCAGCCAAGAGAUCAGAUGAUCCAAACAUUCCCACCUUAUGGCCUCCCUUCAAGUUACAUUCCACCUAUCAAAGAGGAUAUGAGACAAGCAUAUACCCAAAAGACAGUUGAUCACAUAUCUGUAACUCAUAUCAAAGAUGAAAAUGAACUAGGGGCAACCGCUCUUACAGAGCUUCUGGGAAAUGUUCAACCAAAUGUUGUGCAGGUGGCAUCAACGAAGGAACCUGAGAUGAAGCCUCCACACUAUGCUGCCAUAUCAGUGGAUGUCGAAGCAACCAAUAACAAGUUAGAAAUGCUGGAGAAAAGGAUAAGAGUCAUGGAAGGUGGAGGAAGCUCUGAGUUUGAAAAUAUUAUAGGAUUGUCCUUAGCCCCGAAUGUAGUGAUACCUCCAAAGUUUAAAUCACCUGAGUUUGAAAAAUAUAGAGGGACCACUUGUCCUAAGAGCCACAUCAUGAUGUAUGGCAAAAAGAUGGCUGCGCAUGCACACAAUGAAAAGCUGUUGAUCCAUGUCUUCCAAGAUAGUUUGGUUGGCAUGGCGCUAAAUUGGUAUGUUCGUCUUGAGCCUUCACGCAUCCAGUCUUGGAAGGAUCUGGUAGAUGCUUUCAUGAAGCAGUACGAAUAUAACAUGAAUGUGGCUCCUGACAGAUUGCAAUUGCAGAACAUGGUGAAGAAGGAGUCUGAAUCAUUCAGAGAAUAUGCCCAAAGGUGGAGAGAGAUUGCUGCUCAAGUAGAGCCUCCUUUGAAUGACAAGGAGAUGGUUAACAUAUUCCUAAAUACCCUACGAUCACCAUUUUAUGAACACAUGAUAAGUAGUGUCUGCUCGAACUUGGCUGAUAUAGUGAUAAUUGGAGAGAGGGUUGAGGGCGGUAUAAGAAGUGGAAAAAUUGCACUCGACCUGAAUGUGGUAGCAAAUUUGAAUGAGCAUAUUCCCAGAUGUGGGAAGAAUAAAGAACAAAUAGCUAAUCCGCAUCUCAUUGUCUGUCCUCAAAGGUUGCAAUGUAAUGAAUAUAAUCAGGCCAUUAGGAAAGGAGAUUACAAGCAGGAGAAGAAGGUGAUGAAUUUCACUCCUAUCCCCAUGACUUACACAGAGAUUUUACCAUAUCUCCUUUGUAAAAACCUUAUAAAGGUUUGUCCUACCAGGCCUGUACGACCUCCAUACCCGAAGAACUAUGAUGUAAAUGCCAGAUGUGAUUAUCACGGAGGAGUGUCAGGACAUUCAACGGAAACAUGUGGAGCUCUAAAGCGCAAGGUGCAAUCCUUGAUGGAUUCAGGACGGUUGACAUUUGGAGGAGGACAACCCGAUGUAGAAGAAAAUCCUCCAUUGGGGCACGAAAAUUCCCCUACAUGA